GAUGCUUCGACCGGACAUCACCUCUCCACACAUCCCCUCCCUCAAUUCCUCAGGGCCCGUUUGACUGUUAGUCUCUGGCCGUUGCGCCAGAGUAUUCCAGCCACAAUGGUUUCUUCUUUCUGUUGGAGCUGCCUGACGCGGCUUCCGACUCCGCGUCCUCUGCUCUCGGCCCCGGCUACUAUCCCCAGGGCAGCUUCAGCAGCCGCCUCGUUCCACACCUCCACGGCGCGCGCCUUUCCCAUGCCGACGAAGAAGAGUCGCAGCCUGGACAGCGGUCCCAAGUACCGCCAGGCCAAGUCCGCCAGGAUGAAGAAGAAGAAGCCCACCGAUAAGCCCCGUCCGCCUCCGAUCGGAGAACGCAAGGCCCUGCGCAAGCGCAUUGUUCUCAGCAAUCCCAACGCCCUUGAGGUUGAAGGCAUGCAGGAUUUCGAUGCAGACACGAUGGUCGACUCGCAUCUGCAUGGUGAUGUGCUCGGUCUGCCGGUGACUAUGCUUGAUCAGUUGAGGGCUGUGCAGGCUUUCAAGCCGAAGCAGGGCUGGUCCAUCUUCCGCCGUCCGGGUACGGUUGUCAGACGCGAGACUUUGGAGAUGGGUAGACUGUUUGAUAGGAUCUCGGGUGAUGGGGCCGAUAAGGGGAAGGUUGUGAAGAAGAUUGUCACUGGCCCGAAGGGUUCGGGUAAGACGGUCCAUAUGCUGCAGGCUAUGGCUAUGGCUUUCACUAAGAAUUGGGUUGUUUUCUCUGUGCCUGAUGCGCAGGAACUUACCUUGGCGCACACCGGCUAUGCCCCGCUCUCCGAUGAACAGCCCGACCUCUAUGUCCAGAAAGAUUCCACGGCCGCCCUUCUUUCUCGCACCGCGAUCGCCAACCAAGCUGUUCUGAAGGACCUCCGUGUGUCCCAGAACCACCCUGCUCUCAAAACUCCCGUCAAGGAGGGAACGACGCUGGAGGAUCUCACCAAGAUGGGUAUCCGGGACCCCGCCCUGGCCUGGCCAGUCUUCGAGGCGCUGUGGACCGAACUGAGCGCCACCUCUCCUGCCGCCGGGUUCGAGAAGAGCUUCAAGCCUCGUCCGCCCAUGCUCGUGACCGUCGACGGCCUUGCCCACUGGAUGAAGAACUCCGAAUACCUGAACAUGGAGUCCAAGCCCAUCCACGCUCACGACCUCGUCUUCGUGCGCCACUUCCUCUCCCUGCUGAAGUCUGGCUCUCAAAACCCCACUCUUCCCAACGGAGGCCUCCUGCUCUACUCCACCUCGGCCUCGAACAAACCCAGCCUCCCCACCUUCGAAGUUGCCCUGGAGCAACUGGAAGCCCGCCAGGCUGGCGUCAACCCCUCCUCCGCGGAAUUCCCCCAGCCCAAGGCCUACAGCAACCCCGACCCGCGCGUGCUGGAAAUCGCCAACGUAUCGAAGCCCGCAUCCGCCAAGGAGGGCCCCGUGGAAGUGCAAACCCUGGGCGGCCUCUCCCGCGAGGAAGCCCGCGGCUUCCUGGAAUACUUUGCUCGCAGCGGACUCCUUCGGGAAAGGAUCAGCGACGAGAUGGUCUCCGAGAAGUGGACUCUCGCUGGCAACGGCGUGAUCGGUGAGCUUGAGAAGUUGGGAAAGCGGCUCCGUGUUGCUGCUCAAUAGUGACCACCCCUUCUAUUGAGUUGUUGGAAGCAUCCUCGCGUGCUUAGCUGCAUACUUCUCGCUUUCCUCUGUUGUUUCAUUUCUCUUUUCCUUUUUCUUUUUUUAUAUUCUUGAGCAUCGCCCCAAGACCUGUCUAAAGAUUUAUCUUUUUGUACUCUACCUGUUGUUUUUGGGCUUCGCGUGUCUGUCUGUAUGUAUGCAUAUAAUGGAAUUUAUAAGACAUGUCUCUUG